AGAUUACUACGUCACACGGAGGCUGCGUUAGAACUUGUUUAUUAUCGGGUACCAUCGCAACCGUUCACCAGGCUAAAACAACUCCUAGUUAAAAAACAAACUUUCAAAAGCCAUGAUUUAGUUUUUAGAAUGACUUUGCCCCUGAAUUUCCGAGAAUGCCGGCAGGUCAGAGUGAAGUGAGAGCAACAACAAGAACCCACAUUGAUGAGGUUUUAAGGAGAUAUACAAAUCCUCCUUCACAAAAGAAAAAGCCCAAACAACAAACAGUGCAGUUGCAGGAGAAUGUUGAGCUUCAGACCUUAAAGAAAAACCUGACCAAAGACACUGAGGAAGAUGAGACCAUUCUCAGUAACACAUAUGACCCUGUUCAGGAAAGCCCAAGAUACACGAAGAACAAGCGCAGGGAGAAUGAGGUGUUCACAAAAGCCAACAUCAGUAAUGUGGGUGAAGAAAUGCCCACUGAAAUCUCAGAAAGAAAGAAGAGCAAAAGAGCUCUGCCUCCACUGCCAGCUGUUCAAGAUAAAGAUGAUAGUGACAAGACUGCCGUGAAGUCUGAAAUAAAACGUCCUGCUGAGGCAGAUUUGGGGCAGAAGAAAAAGGGUAAAAAAGGGAAGAGCAGAAGGGGAGAUGAUGCUGGUCUUACAAAAGCAGAGUCUGAACCUGAAGAUGAGCUCCUUCAGGAGUAUCAGCAACAGAUUACACAGGCAGAGCAGAGAGCUCUGAAAAAACCCCAGCAAAAGAAACCGAGUGAAACACGUCAAGAAAUAACUCUAUUAAACAAUGAGUUUGAAAAGAAAAAGAAAAAGAAGAAUCUCAAAGGAACUAAAGGAGAGGAAAGUGAACUUGCAUCAAAAUGCGUCCAAAGUCGGAUGGAAUUAGCAGCUGAUAAAACUAAAUUACAGGAAGACUUUCAAAAUGAUGUCCCAGAGGAGGAGAAAGAAGAGACAGUCAAGCCUAUAGGCAAAAAGAAGAAGAAAAAAACACAAGAUGUGAUAGUACAGGACAGUCAGACAAAGGAGGAUGCAUCUUCUAGCCAGGCCUUUGAUGAUGGCCUAGUGCUGGGAGUUUACAUUCACCGUACAGACAGACUCAAGACGGACCUUCUGGUGUCCCAUCCCAUGGUCAAAGUCCAUGUUGUGGAUGAAAUCACUGGACAUUAUGUCAAGAAAGAGGACAGCCACCGUCGAGUGUCUUCCUUUUAUGAACAGGAGAAUGUCGAGCAUAUCCUUCCUAUUAUAAGUCAGCCUUUUGACUUCAGGAAACAAAAGUCAACAGUUCCUGAAUGGGAGGAGCAGAUCAUCUUUAAUGAGCGCUUUAAUUAUUUUCUUCAGCAGAAUGAUGAGGCUCCGAAGGUCAUCCUUAUUUUUGAGAUCCUUGAAUUUAUGAGCAUGGAAGAAGCAAGGGCAAAUGCCUCUGCUGACCUGAGUGAGCGAGGAUUUCGCAAAAUUGCUUGGGCUUUUUUAAAGCUCGUUGGGACCAACGGUGUGUUGAAUGUUGGCAGUAAACUGCGUCUCCAGCUGUACAGCCCUCCACCCAGAGCUAGGAAAAAUCCACAAACACUCGAGGUGUUUCAGUGGUGGUCAAAAUACCCUUGGAACAGAUAUGCAUCAACUCUUUAUGUCACAGUGAAAGGACUCAAACUACCAGAGCAUGUGGACCCUAGUAUACGCUCGAUGAUGGCUCUGCAGCAGGAAAGGGGCAGCAGCUCGUACACUGAGCUUCAUUCUGAACUCACUCAGAAGACGUUCACCCAGCUGUUGGAGAGCAAGUCAGAUGCCAUAAAAUGGAGCCGUCUGCCUGGACAGGUGUGUCGUAUUCCUAACAAACUGAUGCUAUCAUUCCGUGGAGGUCAGAUGGGCUGCUUUGUUCUACGCUUCUCUCAUGAUGGCAGAGUCCUGGCUGCUGCUUGUGCAGACAGAGAUGCUUUCCCUGUUAUAGUGUAUGAGAUCCCCUCAGGCAAAGUCCUAGCAUCUUUUAAUGGCCACCUCAGUAUCGUCUAUGAUCUCUGCUGGAACAGAGAUGACACAUGCCUGCUGUCAGCAUCCUCUGAUGGAACAGUCAGAGUGUGGAACAUUGAAAGACUCCAAGGACUUGCUCAGAAGAUCCUCCCCCAUCCAUCAUUUGUGUACUCUGCCCAGUACCACCCUCAAGCCCAGAGCCUGGUGGUAACAGGGGGCUAUGAUGGACUGCUCAGAGUGUGGAAUGUAGACGUUAAAGAUGUGAAUGGACAACUUUUGCAAGAGUUUGAAGGACACAAGGCUUUCAUCAACGCACUGUGUUUUGACAGUGAAGGAAGCAGGAUGUUUUCUGCAGACAAUACUGGCCUGAUUAUUGCAUGGAGUAAAGUAGAGGAUGGAUCACUGCAUAAAUCAACAUGUUUGUGGAAAAUUGAAAAAGAAAUAAAGGAAAGUGAUCUCAAUGGAAUUCCAAUCAGCUCACUAGAAGUGCAUCCAAACGGAAGGCGUCUUCUAAUCCAUGCCAAAGACAGCGUUUUGCGAGUGAUGGAUUUGAGAAUCUUUGCUAUAAAGAAAUAUAUAGGUGCCACCAAUUACAGGGAGAGGAUAAACAGCACCUUCACUCCAUGUGGAAACUUCAUCUUCUCAGGCAGUGAGGAUGGAUUUGCCUAUGUGUGGAACGCUGAGACUGGUGAUCAAGUGGCUGUUUACUCAGAGAUGUGCUAUCCUACUGCUCUCCGUGGAGUGGCUUUCCAUCCUCAUGAACAUUUAGUCGCAUUCUGUGCCUUUGGGCAAAAUCAACCAAUUCAGUUAUAUGUGUAUGACCGAAAAGUUACUCAGUUGGAGCUGGAGAGUAUGAGAGUUCUGAACAAGUCUGAUACUGCUGUCGGUAAAACCUCGAGGAAUCAGACCGAGAUCCUUGCAUUCCAGGAUUCUUCUGCCUAUGGAAUUGACCGAUUUGCCAGUGCUGCUCGCAUGUCCCUCAAGAUGCAGCGAGUUAAACAGAAAUUAGACUCCGUUCUGGAUUCACAUCGCAAUACCACUGGCAUGGAGUACCUCUAUGACCAGGGAAGCACGUCUCACUUGGGGAGGGGCUUAUCCCAUGAGGUUUUGCAUACUUCUCUCCCAACUCCAUCUUUGCUUUCUCCUCACUCCAAUCUGCAGCUGCCCAGCUCAUUUGGUGCUCAGCUACUUCCUCAGGCCCUGCUCGGCUCACAAGCAUAUGGCUCCACUGCUUUUGGAUAUCCCAUUAGAAGAAUACCAUCAUUAAAGCAACAGAGUCUACCAGAUUCUGAAUUUCCAUUACAACCUAAGACUGAUGUGGAACGAGUCCAGCAGACGGUUGUGACCCUGUAUGACUAUAACGCCAGUCGCUCUGAUGAGUUGACAUUACACCGUGGUGAUGUGAUCCAUGUGCUGCACAAAGAUAAUGACAACUGGUGGUUUGGAUGCUUAGCCAGUGGACACCAGGGCUACUUUCCAGCUGCCUAUGUGGCUGAUGAAAAGGGCUUUGAUGAAGAGCUCUCACGGGCAAUAGAGGCACAACCGGGACCCUUACAGCAAAUAAGUGAAGGUGUUAAUAGAAUCACAGCCACCAAGAUGUCUGCAGCGGUCAGUGCCUCUGGGGAGCUGAAGAUUCUUUCGGAGCUGGACACUGAUGCUGAGGCACCUUCUCUCAAAAAUAAAAAGAAGAAAGAAAAGAAGAUGAAGAAAAGUGAGCUCUCUUAUGAUCUUCCAUCCACCUCAUCAACCGACCCGGACACUUCUGUUCUAUUUACCAGAAAAAAGAGACCUCUUCCAAGAUUAGGACAAACCAACAGUGCUUUUAUUUCUGAUGCUACAAAACAGGAAUAAUUGAUAGACAAUUAAUAUUCUCGAGAAGGAAAAGUAUAUGCAUAUUGAAUUCAGGACCUGUACAUAUUUUUAACAAUCAAGCCUUCUGUUUGAACAUAUUUUGUAAUUUUAUAAGGUUAAUUUUAAUAACCAAUAUGUAGUCUCAUGUCUUUGAAGUUGUAUCUGCUCAUUUGAUGUAAAUUGACGGUAAAUGUUUAAAUAAAAACAAUACAGUAUUUAUUAAGUAGGUUAAGCCAUAUUUUAACACAAAUUAGCCCACUAUCAGAAAUUGUACAACGUUGCAAUCGUAUUUAAUUUACAUUUAUAGCAGGAGUACUGUAACACUCACUGAGCCAUUGCUUGUAUACUUUAGGGUUGUCACGUAGGUCCACUUCCGAAACAUUUGGACUACAAUCCGCUUUAAAAACACUCAAGAUGCUAAUCAGACCUGACUGUCUAGCAAGUUGGUGUCAAGCCAUGGCAGAGUGAUAGAAUUUGCAUGUGCUGCGUAAACCUUAGCCUACUGAGAAUUAGUUUGUAAUUCAAUCUCUGAAACAAUAUUUACAUUAUUUCAUUAUUACAUAUAAUAUACAUUCCAUUCUAAAGCAACUUGGACUAAAGCCGAGUUGUGGAUGAAGUGCUUGCCUAAAGGUCCAGCAGUAUAAACUGAACAGAACUAAAUUGUAAGCCUUCAUUUCAGAAACCCUGAGCCUUAACUGCAGUUUUCUGUAUAGUGAAACAGAUGUGAUCUGUGGAAUCUAUUCAAAUGCAAAUCUUAAACUCUGUAGCAGCCUGAUGUCCGUUAUAUAAAAUCAAAGGGGGAAAAAUAUGCUAGACUAAGUGAUAAUGUCACUUAAAGCAAAGUAAAUCCUUGUUUAGUGAGAUUUCCCUGAGAAAUAUACAGAUUCCAAAUCUAUAAUCAGGCCUAGGUAGGAUUAUAAAAUCGAUGUUGCACGUCACAUUCCUGCUUUGGUCCAGCACUUGUGUUAAGCAUGUUAGGUAUUUCAAGCCUUUUCAAAAGCUUUAAUGAUUUGAUCACAGACGAAUGUAUUGAUGAAUAAAAGCUCUACAUUUUA